AUGGUCGCCACUACACCGGGGACAGACAGACACCGUCUUGGUCCGAAGGCGGCGUCCACUGGGGCAAAAGCGGCUGCCGAUCUUGGCAACGAAAGUGAUCAUAUAGAUGAGACUACAGCUCUUCUGGGAUCUACAAAAGCUACCAAUGUCGACGGGCGUCAAUUAGGCUCUCCGAAGGGUGCGCCAGCACCAGGCGACGACGGGGCCGGUGGCGAUGACGAAGAAAAGCCUCUAGACAAGAGUCAGGUCCUGCUCCUCUGCUAUGCCCGAGUGAUAGAGCCUCUGGCCUUCUUCUCCAUCUUCCCUUAUGUCAAUCAGAUGGUCCAGGAAAAUGGGGGCAUCAAGGACACGGAUGUGGGCUUCUACAGCGGCCUCAUAGAGUCAUUGUUCUCCCUGACGCAGGCUAUCGUCAUGAUUUUCUGGGGCCGAGCAGCCGACCGCAUUGGGCGCAAGCCGGUCUUGGUCUUCUCAUUGUUCGGCGUGGCCAUGGCCACAGGGCUCUUCGGGUUUGCCAAAUCCAUCGCGCAAAUGAUCAUGUUUAGGUGUCUUGCCGGCGUCUUUGCUGGAACCAUUGUCACAAUCCGUACCAUGGUGGCCGAGCACAGCACUCCCCGGACCCAGGCUCGGUCAUUCAGCUGGUUCGCCUUCAGUGGAAACCUGGGAAUCUUCCUAGGACCUUUGCUGGGAGGAGCCCUCGCCGACCCUGCAAGCCAGUACCCGGGAGCUUUUGGAGGCGUGCGCUUUUUUGAGGACUAUCCUUACGCGCUUUCAAGCCUUGUGGUGGCGCUGGUGGGAGUUUCGGCCGCCAUUACUAGCGCUUGUUUUGUUUGUGAGACCUUGACGAAGGAAUCGGCGUUGGCGGGCCAUGAUGGGGAGGAGGCGGCAUGUGGCCCGUUGGUUCAAAGUGGCAACCUCUCGACAUGGCAGCUCUUAAAAUCGCCAGGGGUAGGCAUGGUUCUCUACACGUACGGGCACAUCAUGGUCCUUGCUUUUGCUUACACGGCUAUUAUUCCCGUCUUCUGGUUCACCCCCAUCCCUCUCGGGGGAUGGGGUUUCACACCCCUGCAAAUUUCGCUGAUGAUGGGCUUGAACGGCGCCGCCCAAGCCGCAUGGCUUCUCCUGGUGUUCCCCCCCUUACAGCGAAGGAUCGGCUCGAAAGGGGUCACACGGCUAUGUGCAUUGGCCUACCCAUUGUUUUUCCUAUGCUGCCCCCUCGGCAAUGUCCUCCUGCGAAUGGGAACCGAGAGAUCGAUCAACGCUUUCUGGAUCUUCGCGCCGACGAUGCUAGUCAUCGGCUGUGGAGUUAGCAUGAGCUUCACGGCAAUUCAGCUCUCUUUGAACGACAUUUCCCCCUCGCCAAAGGUUCUGGGAACGUUGAAUGCGCUGGCAUUGACCGGCGUUAGCGGCCUGAGGGCUUUCUGUCCAGCUCUAUUUACCAGCCUGUUCGCGCUGGGGGCGAGGACACAGCUAGCAGGGGGAUAUGCCAUUUGGGUACUCCUGAUCGUACUUGCUUCUGGUUUAUCGGUUGCAGCGAAAUACCUACCAGAGCCCCAAGAGGACCCCAAGCGCCGGAAUGGCCGAGAGAGGUGA